AUGAAUUCAGGUGGAAGAAAAUGGGAUCUUAUGCAUGAUGAAAUUGAAGCAAUGUUUUUUAAAGAGAGAGCCAUACUUGAAGCCAAGUACCAGAAGAUGAAGAUUGUUCAGGAAAUGACUGAGAUUAUUCUUGGUUUACAAGGAGAUGUUCCCGCGGAUUCUCGAAAAGGAGUUCCUUAUGUUGGUGGAAACAACAAGGUUGCUGCUUGUGCAAAGCAUUUCGUUGGUGAUGGUGGCACAACAAAGGGUAUUAACGAGAACAACACAGUGACUGACUGGCAUGGACUACUCAGUAUUCAUAUGCCUGGUUAUUAUAAUUCAAUCAUCAAGGGUGUAUCAACCAUCAUGGUUUCGUACUCAAGCUGGAACAGCGAAAAGAUGCAUGCUAACCGUGAUCUUGUUACUAACUUCCUCAAAGACACUCUUAAUUUCAGGGGAUUCGUCAUUUCCGAUUGGCAAGGUAUUGACAGGAUUACUUCACCAGCAGGCACCAACUAUACUUACUCCGUCCAUUCUGGGAUUAAUGCCGGCAUUGACAUGAUCAUGAUUCCAAUGAACCACACUGAUUUUAUCCAUGAUCUAACCUACCUGGUUGGGAAGAACGUAAUCCCCAUGAGCAGGAUUGACGAUGCUGUGAAGAGAAUUAUGAAGCGUCUACAGUUGGCCCGAGCACUGAAAUCAUUUACAAAGCAAACCCUGAAGAUGAUUUUGUCAAGUCUGAUAGCUUCUCGUAUGCUAUUGUUGUUAUUGGCGAGCAACCAUAUGGGGGACAACCUUAACUUAACAAUUCCUGAACCUGGUUUGAGCACUAUGAAGAACGUUUGUGGCUCUAUCAAGUGUGUUGUUGUUGUUAUCUAUGGACGACCUCUUGUGAUUGAACCUUAUCUAUCAUAUGUUGAUACUCUCGUAGCUGCAUGGAUCCCUGGAAGUGAAGGUCAAGGUGUAUAA